AUGUCUUCAUUCGCUGGCGAUUGUGAACAACCAGGCCAUCCGGGUGAUAUUACUCAGAAAGAGGCUGAUGCGGGCAUUCUUCCUUCUCAUGGCAUUUCACUUGACAUACCAGGUGAACUAGUUGAUGGCCGCCCACCUAUGGAAACGCUUGAUGCAAGAUCCGAGUACAUGAACAAUGAACAAGAUGGCAGGGCUGAACAUCACAUUAACCAAUAUGUCAUCAAGGACGAAAUCGGUAGAGGAUCUUUUGGAGCUGUUCAUUUAGCGGUGGAUCAGUAUGGAAGCGAAUUUGCAGUCAAGGAGUUCUCAAAAUCAAGGUUACGGAAAAGAGCACGAUCGAAUAUCCUUCGAAGACCGCAUUAUGUGAGACGACCAGGACAUCUCGCAGCGGGAGGCGGACUCAACUCUCCUCUGCAUCGCCAUUCGGCCUCUGAUAUUCACAUCGGUGAACAACAAGGGAAUCCUUUGUACCUGAUAAAAGAGGAGAUCGCAAUCAUGAAGAAAUUGAAUCACCCGAACCUUGUCAGUUUGAUAGAGGUGUUGGAUGACCCGGAGGAAGAUUCACUUUACAUGGUUCUGGAGAUGUGUAAGAAAGGUGUCGUUAUGAAGGUUGGGCUUGGAGAAAAAGCAGAUCCAUAUGACAUUGAAAGUUGCAGAUGCUGGUUUAGAGAUCUAAUACUUGGCAUUGAAUAUCGCGUCGUGCACCGGGACAUCAAGCCAGAUAAUUUACUUUUGACCGAGGACGAUGUGCUAAAAGUUGUGGAUUUUGGAGUUUCGGAGAUGUUCGAGAAAGCUUCAGAUAUGAUGACGGCCAAAUCUACAGGAUCUCCGGCUUUUCUGCCGCCAGAGUUAUGUAUCACGAAGCAUGGUGAUGUCUCCGGAAGAGCGGCUGAUAUCUGGUCCAUGGGAGUCUCACUAUAUUGUCUGCGCUUCGGUCAUAUACCUUUCGAGAAAACCGGAGUCCUUGAGUUGUACGAGGCGAUCAAGAACGAUGAACUUGAAUAUGAGCCAAAUAUUGACCCUCAGUUUGUCGAUUUAAUGAGAAAACUCCUCGAGAAAGAUCCUAAAAAACGAAUCACUAUGGACGACAUCCGUGAGCACCCUUGGGUAACCAAUAAUGGGAGCGACCCCUUGCUAUCUAAGGAGGACAACAUAGCAACCUUGGUUGAGCCGCCAAGUGAAACUGAGGUCAAUCAUGCAAUAACCACUAAAAUGAGAGGGCUUCUCGUAGUCAUGAAAGCUGUGAAGAAAUUCAAGGCAAAAUUAGAGCAGAGAAGACCCAAUGCUAUAUCUGAGACUUUAGGCAAAGGUAUACGUGUUCUGCAUCCAUCAUUGGGGAUGGAUGAGCAAAAGGAAUCGGUGCUUCAGAGGUCUAAAAGCUCGGAUCUCGAGGAUAGACGUAUGAUUGAGGGGGCGCUUGCUGCUGAAGGUGUCCACCAUGAUGGCACAUAUCCGUCAGCUGAUGGUACUCGAACUAUAGCAAGUCGGAUGGACUCUUCUAAUACGAUUGUAGCGGAUGAGGAGCCCAUAGGCAAAAUAUACUCAUAUCAGAAGAUUGAAAAAUCUGAUUCAUCUGAUUCGAUAACAAAUCGUCCGGGGCUCCGAGAGCAGCAUUCUGGUGACAAGGGACAUGCUCAUGAUCCUUUGGAUGAACAGCCUCUAUAUUUAGGGAUUGGAGCAGGGGUUAAUGAGGAUGGUUCUCUGGAUGCGCCACCUGAAGAAUUGAUUGCUGAGUCUCCGACAGCAGCAGAGUUCAGCAUUUAUGACACCGCUUACCAACAAGAGGUCGAUCGGAUUCGUGCUGCCAAAGGGCAGGCCACCACAGUUUAUUUGACCCGACGAGUAGAUCAUAAAAAGGAAUAUAAAGCCGAUCGCUACAUGAUCAAUCUUCCGAAUCAUGCAGAAAUGAAAGGCCGGAUCCAGGAAGGAUGGAAAGGUCUCGUGGAUCGCGCCCAGGAAAGUAAGAAUGAACUUUCCCUCCAUGAAAAACUUACCGAGGGUCAUCAAGCAUUCUCGGACCUUGUUUCCAAGGCGGUAGAGAAUACAAAAAACAUGGGGAGAGAUAUCAGUGAGAGGGGUGGGACAACAUUUGAAAGUGUAGUUCAUGGAGCCAUGGAAAAGCGGAAGGAAAAGGUUGAGGAAGAGCAGAAAGACAAAGGAGAGAAAUCAUGA